AUGCUUCGGUUCCCAUUGUUCACUAUAGGCUGGGCGUGGAAAGAGGAAUAUGGUAGUCCUCAAGAUAACAAAGAGCAUUUUGAAUACAUUUACAAAUACUCUCCAUUGCAUGCCAUACCACAGGCCGCCACUCAAUACCCAGCGAUGCUUGUAUUGACAGCGGAUCACGACGACCGGGUAGUGCCCGCGCACUCAUACAAAUAUGCGGCACAAUUACAGUACGAAUUGGGGGCUAAACUGGCCGACACUCCCCUUAUGAUAAGAAUCGACACCAAUUCUGGUCACGGCGCUGGAAAACCCAUCUCUAAAUGGAUCGAAGAAUACACUGAUAUCGUGUCCUUUAUAUUGAAUUCGUUGAAAAUUGAUUACAAGAGUCAGAGUGUUGUCAAGCGAUAUGUAUUGACUAAAUUUGGUAGAAAAUUAUAA